AUGUGGGAGGCUCAGUUCCUGGUUCUUCUGCUUCUGCAACUGCCGUGGGUGGCUCCAGUGGAGGCUCCAGGGUCUGGGACAGAGGUCCGGGUGGUGUGGGCCCAGGAGGGGGCUCCGGUCCAGCUCCCCUGCAGCCCCACAGCCCCUCUCCAGGAUGUCAGCCUUCUGCGAACCGCAGGGGUCACUUGGCACCACCUACCAGACAGCGGUCCUCCGGCGCCCGCGCCCAGCCUGCGCCCCGCCGCGCCCUCCGCCCGGGGCCCGGGUCCGCGGCGCUACGUGGUGCUGAUGCUGGCGGCCGGCGGCCUGCGCAGCGGGAGGCCCCCCCUGCAGCCCCGCGUGCAGCUGGACGAGCGCGGCCUCCAGCGCGGGGACUUCUCGCUGUGGCUGCGCCCGGCCCGACGCACCGACGCCGGCGAGUACCGCGCGGCCGUGCACCUCCGGGACCGCUCCCUCGCCUGCCGCCUCCGUCUGCGCGUGGGCCAGGCCUCCAUGACUGCCAGCCCCCCAGGGUCCCUCAGGAUCUCCGACUGGGUCAUUUUGAACUGCUCCUUCAGCCGCCCUGACCUGCCAGCCUCUGUGCACUGGUUCCGGGGCAGAGUCCCUGUUCACGAGUCCCCCCAUCACCACAAAGCUGGAAGCUUCCUCUUCCUGCCCCAAGUCAGCCCCUCAGACUCUGGGCCCUGGGGCUGCAUUCUCACCUACAGAGAUGGCUUCAAUGUCUCCCUCACGUACAACCUCACCGUUCUGGGUCUGGAGCCCUCAGUGCCUCUGAUGGUGUAUGCUGGAGCAGGUUCCAGGGUGGACCUACCUUGCCGCCUGCCCCCCGGUGUGGGGACCCAGUCUUCCCUCACUGCCAAGUGGACCCCUCCCGGGGGAGGCCCUGACCUUCUGGUGGCUGGAGACCAUGGCAACUUUACCCUCCAACUGGAGGCUGUGAGCCAGGCCCAGGCUGGGGCCUACACUUGCCACAUCCAUCUGCAGGGAGAGCAGCUCAGCGCCACAGUCACUCUGGCAGUCAUCACAGUGACUCCCAAAUCCUCUGGGUUACCUGGCAAGCUGAGAAAACUGCUUUGUGAGGUGACCCCGGCGUCGGGACGAGAGCAUUUUGUGUGGAGCCCCCUGGAUAAGCAGUCUUGGAGAGGUUCCCCGGGACCCUGGCUGGAGAUGCAGGAGGCCAGACUCCUUUCUCAGCCCUGGCAGUGCCAUGUGUACCAGGGAGAGAGGCUUCUCGGGACAGCGGUGUACCUCACUGAGGUGGCUGGCCCAGGUGCCCAGAGCUCUGGGAGGGCCCCAGGUGCCCUGAAAACAGGCCAUCUCCCUCUCUUUUCCAUCCUUGGUAUCCUCUUUCUGCUCCUUUUGAUGACUGGAGCCUUUGGUUUUCACCUUUGGAGAAGACAGUGGCGUCCAAGAAGAUUCUCUGCCUUGGAGCAUGGGACUCACCCACCUCAGGCUCAGAGCAAGAUAGCGGAGCCUGAGCCUGAGCCGGAGCCGGAGCCGGAGCCGGAGCCGGAGAAGCUCUGA